UGAUCUGCCUCGCAUCACCAAUCGACAAACAUUGACUCGGCUUCGCUUGCGUCGAUCUCCCUGCUUUGCCGCCCGAUUGAGUGCUGUCUAGGUGCUGUCUAACCUGAAAUUCAAGACACCAUUGGAACGCCAGCCAACCAGAAUUCGCCUAGCUCCGUGGCCCCUUCUCAGCCUCGCCUGUCUGUCUGGAAGUGGUGACGCACCCUUGCACCAUCACCUUCCUACAAUUGUGCUCCGGUACGGGAAUUCCAGACCAUUCGCUCCAUGUCAUCACGUAUGCUACUCGUAUAUAUUCUUUCACCAAUCCUUCGAACCUGACCUCGAUUUCUCAUCCUCACUCACAUCUCACCUUUCGUCAAAUCCCCGUCCACUCAAAUUCCAUUCUUCAACUCGCCACCUACGAUCACCCGUCACCAUGCAGCUCACCAACCUCAUCGUCCUCCUCGCAGCUGUCCCUGCUCUAGGUCAAAACUUGGGCUCUGGUGCCGCAUCUGGUGCCUCUUCAGUCCUCUCCUCUGCCAUCUCCGGAGCUGGAUCUGCCACUUCGACUGACAGCGCCGUCAGCUCCUCCGCCUCGAGCGCAGGCGCCUCAGCUGCUUCGUCCGCGUCCAGCUCCAUUGCCUCGAUCACCUCCGCAGCUUCCAACUCCGCCGCCGCCGCGUCUGCCUCAGCCCAGUCCGUUCAAGAAUCUGUUGCAAAGAGCUUCAGUUCCGCAGAGUCCGCCUUCUCAGCCAGCCUUUCCAGUCUCAGCUCCGCUGCUGCCAACAACGCCACUGGUGCCGCAUCCUCCCUCGCCUCCUUGACCUCGGCUGCCAGCUCGAUCCUGGGUAGCAUCACUAGCGACGCUGCAGGUGCUCUCAGCAGUGCUACAAGCAGAGCUGGUUCCGCAGCCUCUUCUGCUUCUUCGGUGAUUGCCUCCGCUACCAGUGGUGCUUCAAGUGCUACCAAUUCUGCUGCCUCAAGUGCAUCUUCUGCUGCUGCUUCGGGAGCUGGUAACGUGGCUGCCGCUCUGCCAACCGGAUUGACUGGAGUUGCUGGUGCUGCUCUGUUGGGUCUUGCUGCUCUGUUGUAAGAGGUGGAUGGUUUGGGUCACAAUCAUCACCAAAUUUGUACAGCAGAAAACGUUGUCUCCUACCAAAGGCGCACGGAAUGGGAGUCUUAGUGCAUAGCAGGGUCAUGCGAAUGUGUGUCGCUAUUAAAUCAAAGCAUUGAUAUUUGUACCCAAUAUUGUCCCUUUUCUUUGUCAUUAGCUCCUGGCCAAACGCUCUCUGAUGUAUGAUCUAACACGGUUUCUCAAUCAUCCAACACGAUUGUCUGCAUUCACCACCUCUAUAAGUGAAAAAUCAUCGAUCCGAACUCACAGAAUGUGGAGUCUAGGAACCACAUGGAUACCUUUGUUCUACUUUAGUAGAGGAAGUCUUGCAAUCGUUGGAAUGCUCUAGGAUGUAAUGGAUUGAGAUAAUGACCGGGUUGCGUUGGAAUCAAUGGACUGUAAGUGGAUCAUAAUCUAGAGGCGAGCUGUGUGCAGAAAAGUGAAAUGCUCCAAGUCUUAAUUUCAAUAGAGUAUAACUGACCUCCACAGUUCUUUGUCGUCACCUGUGGGCGGACAGUCACACCGCUCCCGCUCUAUAUCACCAGCAACGAGAAGACCCAUGUCGGAGGAAAGUCCCCGACUGAUCUCGCGACUCGACCGCAUAAGAGUGAUAUGACGGCAUUUUCUCCGAUACUGCAAUGCCAAUGUCGACGGGGAGUCCUCGCAUCAAGACUCCGUCGUCAUGAUGGUAUGACCUCGUGGGUGG